AUGGAACCCCCAGUCCCACUGAACGACGGCACGCUCUUCCCCUGGCCCGCCUACGGCUCGGGCACCGCGCUGCGCGGCACUGACGCGAGCGCACCUGUCUCGACCGCGAUCCAUGCGGGCUUCCGCCACAUCGACUGCGCGCAGAUGUACAUGAACGAGGCAUCCGUCGGCCGCGGGGUCGCGUCCGCUGUGGCAGAGGACGGCGUACCGCGUGCGGCUCUGUACAUCACGACGAAGCUCCUCGCGGUCCCGCCCGGCGCAACCGCGGCGGACACGCUGCGCGCGUCCCUCCGCGAGAUGCACUUGGAGUACGUAGACCUUUUCCUCGUGCACGAGCCCGCGCGCCACGCGGACCUGCGCGGCGUGUGGCGCGAAAUGGAGGAGUGCAGGGCGCUCGGGCUCGCGAGGAGCAUCGGCGUGUCGAAUUUUCGCGUCAAGGACUUGGAGGAGAUCCUCGAGGAGGGUGCGAGUGUUCCGGUUAUCAACCAGAUUGAGUUCCACCCAUACGUCUACAAAGCGAGCCAGCCCGUUAUCGCGUACAUGCGGGAGCGCGGUAUCCUGCCUACGUCGUACGGAGGGCUCACACCGCUCAUCCGCGUGAAGGAAGGACCGCUAGCCCCAGUCCUGGACGAAAUCGCAGAACGUCUUAGCCGGGGGGCAGGGCAGCCCAUCACGCCGGCCCAGGUACUGCAGCUCUGGAUGAAGAAGAAAGGUGUGCCGUACACUACGACAACGUCACAGCCAGAGCGUCUGAAAGAGUAUCUCGCUGUUGCAAGCCUCCCUGCACUAUCAGAUGUGGACGAGGAGCGCAUAGAUUCGGUCGGUGCAACCGCUCACCAUCGUUUUUUCGUGAGCACCUUCAGCACUUGA